UUCGUCAUCUCUAGCCGCUCAGCUGGCGCUGGCAAGGGCGCCAGGGGCGCCCGCGCGGUUUACGAUUCAGUAUGACUCGGUAUCGGAACCGGGUUGAACAUGCCGUGUGGUGACAUUCCCUGACUACUAGAUUUUCGUGUCCUUACUACAAAUGUAAUAACUGCUACGUUACUCGCACCCUUUUUCUGAGAGCGCGGCUGAAUACUGGCACUGUCACUCAUCAAAGCCACUGACAAACUGACAUAUUGCUGAACCAUGGAUGAAGGAAAUAAGAACGAGUGCCCGCUGGAGUCCGAGGCCCUCGUCGGCGACGGCCUGUCGACGCCGGCCGCCAUCGUGCGGAACAGCGUCCACAACGGGGGCAGGGCCAAGCCGAGUCGCAGGAGUGAUUUCGACCAGCUGUAUUUGUACAGCAAGCCCAAAAAGCCAGGUUUUUUUGAGCGCGUGUCCCGCACAUCGAAAGGCUGCGACUUCCGCGGGGGAGCUGUGUCCCUUUUCCCCAUACUGGACUGGCUUUACAACUACAAAUGGAAGAGUGAUACUAUCUAUGAUUUGAUUUCGGGAACUACGGUUUCAAUCAUGCACAUACCUCAUGGAAUUGCCUAUGCCAUGCUAGCAGGAGUGCCUCCAGUUGUUGGAAUCUAUAUGGCCUUUUUUCCUGUGUUCAUUUACACACUAAUGGGAACAUCAAGACAUUUAUCGAUUGGCACCUUUUCCGUCGUUUGCAUGAUGACUAGCAAAGCUGUAUUAAUGUACUCCGAUACUGAAAGUCUAGGAAUUGGGUCAAAUUCUUCAGCAGUCGUGCUGGACACUGGGGAAAAUCACACCAGUUUAACUCCAACUCAAGUUGCAGCUGCAGUUUGCUUUGUUGUUGGAUUUUGGCAGGUGGUGAUGGGGAUAUUCAAAAUGGGAGUGCUGAGUGUUCUUUUAUCAGAAACUCUGGUUAGUGGUUUCACUACUGGUGCUGCAGUUCAUGUCAUCACAUCACAAAUAAGCAAAUUUUUUGGGUUAAAACUUCCUCGUCGAACAGGGCCCUUGAAAAUACUUUUCGUUUAUUAUGAUCUUUUUGCCCAUAUUCUGGAAGCUAAUCUAGCAGCUGUUGGCAUAUCUGUUGUUACUAUUAUUAUUCUGUGCAUAUGGAAUGAGCUGUUAAAGCCUCGUGUGGAAAAGAAGCUGCCUGUUCCAAUACCGAUUGAGCUAUUUGCCAUCAUUAUUGGAACACUAGUUUCAUAUUUGGCAGAUUUUGAACAUGUAUAUAAAGUCAAAACAAUAGGUCAUGUUUCAACUGGAUUACCAUUACCUGAGCUUCCUCCUCUUUGGCUGUUUCCAAACCUCCUUGUUGAUGGCUUGGUCAUUUGCCUUGUGGCUUUUUCGAUCAAUAUGUCCAUGGCCAAAAUUCUUGCAAGAAAAGCUGGAAAUUACAGUGUUUCUGCAAACCAGGAACUUUUAGCUGGGGGAUGUGCCAACUUGUUUGGAUCUAUGUUUGGCUGUGUACCAACGGCUGCAUCACUAUCUCGUAGCAUGAUCCAACUGAAAGUGGGAGGAAAAACACAAUUAGCAAGUUUCUUCUCAUGCCUUAUUCUUCUUUUUGUCCUACUCUUUGUAGGCCCUCUUUUCCAACCUUUACCAAAUUGUGUUUUGGCCUCUAUUGUCGUUGUAGCAUUAAAGGGAAUGAUGAUGCAGGUAAAAGACCUGUUUCAUGCCUGGAGGCACUCUCAUGCAGAUGCUCUAGUUUGGUUGGGAUCAUUCCUUGGAGUUGUUCUUUUGGACAUUGACUAUGGGCUGGGUCUUGGAGUUUCAUUUUCACUUUUAACUUUGGUCAUCAGAGGACAGAAACCUAUCUUGCGAGUUUUAGGCAAUGUACCAGGAACACAAAUCUAUUUGGAUGUCAAAUGUUACCAUUCAGCUGUUGAAAUACCUGGAAUACGUAUCGUUCAAAUAGCUGGAGGACUCAAUUUUGCAAACAAUGAUUACUUUCAACACAAAAUUUUAAGUCUAAUUGAGAAAAAAGCAUCUUAUGACAAACAAAAUGCAUCUUCUCCUGUUCAAACAAUUAUAUCCCCAAACACUCAAUCUAAGCCUUUAUGUUUGAUCUUGGAUAUGGUAUCAGUAUCCUUUGUGGAUCCAUCAGCAGUUAAGGCACUUCUGUCUUUACAUAAAGAUGUGAAGAAUCAAGGACGUAUUUUAUGUCUUUCCAAUUGUUCUUGGAAUGUAUUCGAGAGUUUGAACAAGUGUGGAUUUUUCGAAGACUUUUCAGACUCCUACCUAUUUUCUUCAGUUCACGAUGCAGUCAGUUUUAUUUCUCGUCAGUCAGUGGCACUUUGAUGGUGUUUUCUAUUACUUGAUAUGUUUCAUAUUGUGAUCUGACCCAAAUUUGUUUUUAUAAGCUGUGAUGAUAGUUGGUGACACAUUCAUUGUGUUAAAUUAUUUUUUAUUUGUUUUCACAUUGUGCAGGAAUGAAUUUAAAUUUAUCUAUUUUGAUUUUUAUUUCAUGUUAUUAAUUAACAAGUUUAUGUGUACUUUACUUUGUGAUGUAAGACAGUGACAAUCCAGUCAAGUGUCCAAUGAAUAGAGAGGCCCCUAUCACUUAGGCAGCUAGUCUCUCUUCUUGCUUGAUAUUUUUGGAUACUUUUAAAAUUGAGAAGUGGAAGCAACUGUGUUCCUCUAAAAACUUUGGUGAUUGGUUAGAAGUUAACUAAGAUGAGGCUGUAUUUUCAAAAGAGCUAUAAAGACAUGGUAGUGUACUUUAUUUUUAAGGCAAGAUGGCUAUUUUUCAUUACUUAUGUCAAAGUCAAUUUUGAUGACUUUAACAAGUUUUACAGCAUGCUACUUAUAAUUUUGGAUGAAGAGUGUUUCAUGACAGAAGGGUAAUGCCUUUUGAAUGUUACUUUACACUUUUGCCUCAGGCACAUUCAAAGGGUUUACUUUGUUAGCCAGUAUUAGUGCUACUUCAGUACUUAAGUAAUGUAAGGACCAAUUCUGUGAUCCCAUAGUGCAGAUAGGUAAUUGGACACUGACAACAUGAGCUCAGUGUAAGGCUGUGGGUUUAGAGAAACCAAAGUAUUGUUCAAUUUGUAUGUCAGCAUUCUGAAUAAACAUUUAAGUGUCCCGCUC